AUGACAAGUCCACUUUUUACCCAUGAACAAUGGCAAGCUAUUCAUGAUCUAUUUGAAACUCGUUUCGAUCGUCCAGGUUCAUCAAGUAAUUUUUCACGUUCAAUUAAUGUAGCUAGUAUCGCAAUCGAUAAAUUUGAUCGAUAUUUUGAAACAUUAUCUCCACAAUUAAUUGGCUCAGAAAAAGAUGCAUUAUUUUCAAUAAAAAAUGAUUUUACUGAUGUACGUCAUUCAACCUAUCAAGCAGCAGGUAGCAUGGAAAUACGUUAUAAAAAAUUUAAAUUACAACCAACUACAUCACUUAUUGAACAUUUAAAUACAAAAGUUGAUGAACUUACAUUUAAAAAUUUAAUCGAACAAUCUCAAUUAUUACAAGCAAAAUUAACAAAAUUUCAUUCAACAUAUUUUUGGUGUGAAAUGAAUAAAUGGGGUAUUAUUUUAUCAAUUAUUGGUAGUGCACUUAUUAUAUUUGGUCGAGUUGUAGCAGUUUUAAUACCGGAAACAAGUUGGAGUACAUUUAUUUAUACUAUUAGUGUGUUAAUAUUAUUAUCUGGUUUAACGGCAUUGGGUUUAACUAAAUUUUUAGAAUAUAGACGAGAUCCUACAAGUACAAUGCUUUAUUUAGAAGAAAUACAUAAACAAAUUGAUAAACUUCGUUUUCAGUUUGAUGAUCUUAGAGCAAUGAUUGCAGAUGACACACCACAUGAAGUUAUGCAACGAGAAUUAGAUGUUGUUCUUGAAUCAAUUAAAGAACUUAAAUUAUUAUGUUUUCCAUAA